AUGCAUAAUGGCACUCCAACAGGUAGUCCUAGUCUUGUAUUCGUCCAAGGGUACGUUGGUCAAGCUAUUUCGUUCGCUGCUAAUUCUAAUCAAGUAGUGACAACUUCAUACAUUCCUUUGGCAAAUACAAGCUUUUCCGUAGAUGCAUGGAUUUAUCCAACUAGUCUGACUAACACAUUACACCAGAGUAUUUGCGGUAUCUGCCCUGCAAAGAUAAACGACCAAUGCCUGCAUAUGACACUUCGUCAUACCGGCUCGUACUACUCACUUUACUUUGGUCUUUAUGGUGAUGAUGUUAACAGCAAUACAGCGGUUUUGGCUAAUAAUUGGGAGCAUGCAGCUUUCGUAUUUGAGGCCACAACGCGAACAUUGUUUAUCUAUCGCAACGGAAUUCUUCUGGCAACAGGUGCGACCAGUUCAGUGUUGAAAGUGACCAGUGGUAGCUUUCAGAUUGGCAAUCUUCCUUAUUUGGAAUCAACUAUCAAUACAUUUCAGGGUUACAUUGACGAGUUGUCCGUUAGUGGUCGAGUAAAGUCUGCAUGUGAAAUUUUGGAACAGGCCACCUUAGCGGCUCGCUUCAGCUUCGAUGGAAGUUCACCACUACUUGAUCUGGGACCAAAUACAGUCUCAUCUCUCGCUUCAAAUUAUAGUCUGGUUAGUGGUCGAACUCUACAAGCUAUUUCAUUCAUGGGUACCUCCUUGUCAUUCUUCCAAGCAUCGGGCUUUCUUGCUCUCGGCAUAGCCAAUCAACCAUUUAGUAUUUCACUGUGGGUGCAGCCACAAUUACUUGCGGGUACAAUCGUGCACGUAUCAACCAAUAGCUCGGGCACUGGUUUUUGUGUUCCUUUUAUCGGUUUUGCAUCAAAUGGUUCAUUAAUAGUUCAAAUAAUGACAAAUACUAGCUACGUGGGUAUAUCGUAUUCAAGUCUGUCACUGAUCGAUUUUACUCACAUUGUUCAGACGUGGAGUUCAACAAAUGGACUUAGAUUAUAUAUCAAUAAUGUUUUAGUUGGAUCAAUAGCAGCGACAACUUAUCAGACUGCUUCGAGUUGGGUUAAUUACGUGACACUAGGUGGCUGUUUGAACGGCUGUGUGAGCUGCUCCGCAGUUCCAGGCAAUCAAGUGUUGCCAGGCUCAUUUGCAGGUGCUAUAGAUGACUUUCGAGUAUACAGUCGUGAAGUGACAGCAAGUGAUGUAUGCACCUUAUUCGCGUAUAGUUGA